CUGCUUUCUCUAACGUCUAUCCUUCUCACGUAUCGAAAAGCACUUCCAAAUGGACACCACCAGCAAGGUCAAAAAAGGCGCAGGCGGCCGAAAGGGCGGUGGCCCGAAAAAGAAGCCGGUUUCUCGCUCUGUCCGUGCCGGUCUACAGUUCCCCGUAGGUCGUAUCGGUCGAUACCUAAAAAAAGGCAGAUAUGCACGCCGUGUUGGUACCGGCGCCCCCGUGUACCUCGCCGCCGUUCUUGAAUACCUCGCCGCUGAGGUUUUGGAAUUGGCCGGUAAUGCAGCGCGUGACAACAAGAAGAACCGUAUUAUUCCAAGGCAUGUUCUUCUUGCGAUUAGGAAUGAUGAUGAGCUUGGGAAGCUUUUGGGUGGUGUAACGAUUGCGCAUGGAGGAGUUCUGCCGAAUAUUAACCCGGUGCUUCUGCCGAAGAAGACAGCGGCCAAGGAGCCAAAAGAGCCUUCGAAGGCAGGGAAGUCUCCUAAGAAGGCCGCGUAGGUUCUGCGCUGCUUGCUUUGUAUGUAAUUUUCGUUGUGUAGUGUUUGGUUUGGAGGAGAAUGGACUAUGCUAAUGUAAUGGUUUUUAUUCGAGAAAGAAAAAAACAUCUACUUGCUU